AGUCGAUGCGCUCAGUGUGACGUUCCUUACAUACGCAGAGUUUGUAUUGUAGCACUUUAUCAUGGCUUCGUGGCGAGAAUAAUCCAGUUGCAUUUCUACUACUCCGCUUUUUCCUGCUUAAUUUGCACGAGGUGUUUGUGAGACUCAAAAUGAAGAGGAACGACUGCCCUUUUAACAUGGGUACAACUGACACCUAUCUCCCCUAAUCGGAUGGCGGGGGAAAUUAGGGGGUAAUUUACUUAGUUUUGGGGUUUAAAGCUAAAGGAAGAAGCGGUGAACGGCGGGAAGGUUGAACCAUGGAGGGCCUUGUCUGAGGUGUAUUCACCAUAGUACUCCUAGCUGGCAUCUUAAGUAGCAUAACAUUCGAGUAGCAACAGUCAUGGCUGAGAGGGCGACCUUUGGGGCUCAGAGGGUCUCAAGGCCACAGGGCUCCCUCCCGCCAGAACCCAUCGACAUUAUCCGGACAAAAGCCAGAUCCAGAAGAGUCCGGAUCAAUGUGGGUGGGUUGGUCCAUGAGGUGCUAUGGAGAACCCUAGACCGACUGCCACGAACCCGUCUGGGGAAACUCAGAGACUGUAACACCCAUGAAACCUUAAUGGAGAUCUGUGAUGACUACAGUCUAAAUGAUAAUGAGUAUUUCUUUGAUAGGCACCCGGGUGCCUUUUCCUCCAUUUUAAACUUUUACCGGACUGGCAAGCUACACAUGAUGGAAGAGAUGUGUGCUCUGUCUUUUGGUCAGGAGCUUGACUACUGGGGCAUUGACGAGAUCUAUCUAGAGUCGUGCUGCCAGGCGCGAUACCAUCAGAAGAAGGAGCAGAUGAAUGAAGAGCUGAGGAGAGAGGCUGAAACUCUCAGGGAGAAGGAAGGAGAUCAGGUGGACACAGGCUGCUGUCCAGACAAAAGACAGAAGCUCUGGGAUUUGCUGGAGAAACCAAGUUCUUCUGUGGCGGCCAAGAUUCUGGCUAUAAUAUCCAUCCUGUUUAUCAUUCUCUCCACGAUUGCAUUAUCACUGAAUACUUUGCCUGAGCUACAAGUGAUUGACGAAUUCGGACAAUCUAAUGACAAUCCAAACCUGGCCCAUGUUGAAGCUAUUUGUAUCGCCUGGUUCACUAUGGAAUAUAUUCUCCGGUUUUUGUCUUCUCCCAACAAGUGGAAGUUCUUCAAAGGGCCACUGAACGUCAUUGAUCUAUUGGCUAUACUCCCCUAUUAUGUCACAAUAUUCCUGACAGAAUCCAACAAGAGUGUCCUCCAGUUUCAGAAUGUGCGCAGGGUAGUACAGAUCUUCAGGAUUAUGAGAAUUUUAAGAAUUCUGAAACUUGCGAGACACUCUACUGGUCUUCAGUCUCUUGGGUUCACCCUCAGAAGAAGCUACAAUGAACUUGGACUGUUGAUAUUGUUUUUAGCUAUGGGCAUCAUGAUCUUCUCUAGCCUGGUAUUCUUUGCUGAAAAAGAUGAAGAUGCUACAAAAUUCACCAGUAUUCCCGCUUCUUUCUGGUGGGCAACAAUAACCAUGACAACUGUGGGUUAUGGGGAUAUCUAUCCGCAAACCCUCCUGGGCAAAAUAGUGGGUGGUCUCUGUUGUAUUGCUGGUGUGUUAGUGAUCGCACUGCCUAUCCCUAUUAUUGUGAAUAACUUUUCUGAGUUCUACAAAGAACAAAAAAGACAAGAGAAAGCUAUCAAACGAAGAGAGGCUCUUGAGAGGGCCAAGAGGAAUGGCAGCAUUGUGUCAAUGAACAUGAAGGAUGCCUUCGCUCGCAAUAUGGAGCUAAUAGAUGUCAUAAUAGAAAAGGGUGAGGAGAAGGGCUCAGAAAAUCAUCUUUCUCCAAGCAGGUGGAACUAUCAAAAGAGCUCCAACGCUGACAUAAGUUCCAAAGCCCAUGAAGCAAAAUAUCAAGAAAUAGGCCAAUUGGGUUCUCCAGAUGGAGUCUUUGAACCUAGCUCAAGUCCUCAGCGGCUGAAUGCCAAAUCCCUCGAACAAAUGUACAACCAGAUGACAUCUCCAUCAGCCAUAAGCUGCAUUGUACCUUCAGCUUCUAAAGGCUGCACUGUCGGUAGAGAAGAAGAGAUGGAGAUGAAGGUAGUCCAGCGUGAACUGUUUCUAAAAGAAAGACCCAUUAAUGAGAUCAGAAGCCUGUCUAGUGUUGACAGCUUCACUAGCUGCGCCACCGAUAUCAGUGAGGUUGAGAAAAGCGCACUACUGCCCAAUAUUUCAGGAAUACAGAGGCAUCCACGUGCUCCUCCCCCACUUGACCUCCGCCAGAUUACUUCUCUGGAAAAACAAGCACCUGAGGAAUCACAGCAGCACACAAUCAUCAAAGAGGGCCUCUAUGAGUUUGUCCAGUGCAACCCCGAGAGCAGUGCCAUGAUGAGGGGUGAGGAGAAUCAAAGCUUCGAUUCCAGUGGUGAAAAUGUGAGGACCUCUCCAAGAGAAAACAGCCAAUUUAAGGUCAAGGGACUCAAAGUGAACUUCACUGAAUCUGCAGACGAGGGGGCUUCCAACAUGCAUUUAGUUGUGACAGAUGACAUGGCAACACUGACACCAAAGCUACAAGAAUCUGACCCAUUACUGCUGGCCGGUUCUCUUCGACAGAGUCCGAGAUCCCCAGGAAAAGGCUUUGAAGGGGAUGGAACAACAAGCUCUCCAGGUUUCAGCAUGUCCCCUUUUGAAAGCCAAAGAGGGACAAACCAUGUUGAUAGAGCAGCUGUUUCUCCCACUUCCCCUAAAAGUGGGCUAAACUGUGUUUCAGCCACGGUUGAUGCCAUUGGAGGGGAAGACAGCAUUCAAAGUGGACAGAAGGUGGACAACCACCUGCUUUCCCCAGAUAUUCUCAUGUCAUCAGGGGAUGGAGGUCGGUCACCACCAUGUGAAACUAGCAUGUAAUGCACUGAGCAGCCAGCAUUGACAUGUAGAUUCACAAAUUGAAUGCAUCUAAGGCAGUAUGUGGACAGAAAUAGAGAAUAAGACUUUCUUUUGUCUGUGCAACUCAACGUCUUUGAAACUAUUAAUCAAUGAUGGCACUGCAUAUCUGCAGAAAUGAACUAUGAUUUUGAGAGAAAAUGUCUGCUCCCAGUUCAAAAGCUUACUCACAUUCAUGAACAAAACAUUCUCUUAUUAAAACACAAUUAUUAUUUUGUAUGACCCUUAAUGUGAAGGCUUGGAUAGCUGUGUCAUAUACAUUGUGAUGCAUAGAGUGAGCCAGGAAACUGACAUUUUGAUGAAAAUUUUAGAUUUGCAGCCCAGAGUAGAUUUCAGAAGCAUACAUGUUUGUAAAAGGCUAGCCACUGUAGCAUGUGUUAGGUUUGAGUAAUAGUUCUGACCAAAGUGCUACCAGUGUUAUUUGGCAGUUAGCGUUUUAUUUGAAAUAGUAUUUUUGACCAAAAGAUGCCUUAUGAUUUGAUGAUUUCAUGCUGAGUGCUAUGCCUCAGUGGUAAUAUGUGAAACAACACAAGUCUUCAGUUGUCUCUAAUCCAUUUGUAUUUAAAUGUCCCUUGACCAAGCUCUACAAAAGGAAAAAGAACAAAAAAAUAAAGCUUGUCAAUGCUAAGUAUAAUUCUGAUAUCUAGAUGAGCAUGUUGGUUCCCAUUUGCAUCGCUGUUUAGUUGAGCCAUAGUCUACUUAGAAAGUACAUAAAUUCAUUGUAUAACUUGUUUGGCAGGUUACUGCUGUGGACAACACUCCACAUCAGUAUAUCUUUGAAAACGUAUGGAAGAAAUCUUUGUUUUUAUGUUGCCUUUAAUUCAGAAACAGCUGACGAAUUAACCUAUGACGCACAUGCCCUCUGCUGGAUGAAGGAAAUGGCACUUUAUUUCUGAGACAUCAGCUUGACUGAUGAAUGUCAUUUUAACGUUCGUCUCCUGAUGUUCAAUACGAAUGGUCUAACAAAGAUGUUAAUUGAUGUCAAAACCCCAAAGCUCCAUCGUGAAUUGUAUGAUUUGUAUAUUAACUGUAUAUUCAAAACAUUAUCUGCUACACCCAUGUAGUGUGUAGAAACACACAUUUGUGGUAUCAGUCGUAGCCUACUCAAGCAAUUUUAAAGAAAAAUUAGGCAGGACACAAAUCCUGCAUGAAAUAUUCAAAGCUGUGCCUUUUCAUAAACAGUCAUUUAUGAGAAGGUGUUAAGAUUGUGUUUUCGUUCAGAUAAUUCUGUACAGAAAUUCUACUUUUUAUAGAGUAAUAAAGGCAAACACAACUAAUUUCUCAGGUUUAUUAUGUAAUCUUGAAAGCUCUAAUGCCAUGGUGUUUCUUUAAUCAUCUUUUACUAGUAACAUUAAAGGACGUCUAUAAAAUGAAAACAUAACUGAACGGAAUUAAAAGCACUGCACAAUCAUUUACUUGCACAAGCAGACAUCAGCAGAUUUAUCAUGAAUAUGACUUGAACAUUGCAUGUGCAUUCCUAUACAGACUUCUGAAUUCAAUCUCAAAUGUGUUUUUCAUUAAGUUUGUACAUCAGUACGUGACAUUACAUGUUUAUAGUUGUACAUACUUUCUUUGAAAUAGUGACUGCAUUAUUCCAGAUUCCUAGGACCACCAUGAAAGAACAAAUAAAACAUUUGAACAGGACUCUGAUUACUUUCUUCAAGUUGAAAAUUUGAGUACCCCUUCAAGCACAUCUUCAGGUGGUAUCUUAGUAAGAAUCUUGAUGUUAUGAUGAGGGGGACGUUCAAACAGCCUCUGCUAUCUUUUAGAUGCAGAUCAGACUUCAGAGACAAAUAUUUUACAAAGCAUUACAUUGCCGAAGUCAGGGGUAUCCAAACAAAAUGUUAACCCUUGUUAUUGCCAAUGGACAUCACAUGCACAGUACACACUUGUAUGGGUAGUGCUGAAACUAAUUUAUGCUGCUUUAGUAACUAUGCUGCUUUUUUUUUUACAAAAUUUCACACAAUUAAGUUUGUCCUGCUGUCCCUAAAACAGAACAUUAUGAAUAUAUAAUGCAAAAGUAAUAAGUAUGCAAAUUAUGCAUAUGUAUUACCCCCCUCCCUCCCCCAAUCAUCCCACAGGCCAGACUGAAUGAAUCCACAUGCAGG